AAGUAGAAUCUGAAUCUAAGCUGAAACAAUCUUCCUGCGAUUUUACUUAAAAGACAACAAGUCUCCCGCUACUUGCAUUGUCUUAAUGAUCACCCAUGACAACAUCGAACUCAAGGAUAUCCCUCACCAUCUCCUAGAUACAACCUUCAAAGUUGGAUUCAUCACCCUUAUGCCAUCAACAGCCAACCCUACACCCAACCCCACCCAACCCUUAACGCCCGUCCGGCCAGCCCUGGAUUCCUUACAACCUGACCUCCUCCCAUCGCGGGGAAAAAAAAAUUCCACGGUCGACCUUGACCUCUGACCUGUUCGGUGAUGUUCAUGUAUGGCACGUUGGCAAGCGCCAACUUCAGCUUCGUGGGGGAGCUGGUCAAACGGUUAGAGACGUGCGAGAUCCGUGAGGAGAACAACAACGUUAGUCCCACCCCGGAUCACAACACCGGCAAGAGCAAAGAUCACAGCAAAGAUCACAGCGCCGGCAAGAGCAAAGAUCACAGCGCCGGGAAGAGCAAGUAUCUAGUCAACCACCGCAAGAAGAAGUACCUGCACGAAGGAUACAAUCGAGAUUUUCACGCGAGUCAGAGGAGGGAGUAUGACAAAAGGAAGGGCAAGGAUGUAAAUAACAGCCAGCGUAAAGACCUUAUCGUUAGUCUCAAUAAAGAUUGUAAUGGUGCGCAGAGUAAAGAUCCUAACGAUACACUAGGUAAAGAUCUUAACGAUGCACUAGGUAAAGAUCUUAACGAUGCACUAGGGAAAGACCUUAACGAUAGGCAGUGUAAAGAUCUCAACGUUAGCCACAGUAAAGAUCUUAACGACACACUAGGUAAAGAUCUUAACGAUACACAAGGCAAAGAUCUCAACGAUAGGCAGUGUAAAGAUCUUAACGGUAGCCACAGUAACAAUCUUAGUGAUAGCCACAGUAAAGGUCUUUACGAUAGCCAGAGUAAAGAUCUUCAAGAUAGACUGUGUAAAGAUCUUAACAAAAAAAUUCAUAAUUUAACUGACUACAAAAGCAAAGAUUUAAAAGUUAGCCAAAGUAAAGGAUUUAACAAAAAAUAUAUUAAAGCUCAUAGUGAAUGUAAAGAUCUUAUUAAUAGUCAAUGUAAAGAUAGCCAAUGUAAAGAUAGUACCGAGAGCCACUGUAAAGAUCUUAAAGGUAAACUGUGUAAAGAUCUUAUUGAUAGCCAGUGUAAGGAUCUUAAAAUCAGCGAAAUCCCUGACCACAUCGAUAGCACAAGCAAAGAUCUUAACGAAAGCCAGAUCAAAGAUCUUGACAGCAAUACCAAGGAUACAAACGACGGUCAGAGUAAAGAUCUUAACGACAGUAAGAGUAAAGAUCUUACAGAGAGUGAUAUCGAAACUCUCAACAACAGCAACAGCCAACCGCACAACGACAGCAGUGAAAAUAGUCAAAACAGCAGUACCAACGCAGACAACAGCAAAAUGGGACAUUCGUUACUUGCUUUCGCUGGUGUAUGUUUUUACAAGACAAAGUGUUUGCUGAAAACAGACGACGACAUGACGAGCGGAAGGGAAAAGGUUCGAGUCGACGAGAGCGAGCCCAGCUAUCAUGAGGAAGCGCCGUUUGAAAGACGCGAUGUGUUAGUGAAAAAAGACAAAUGGGUUACAGACUUCUACAAUGUGGAUUCUUUGCUGGGAAAAGGAAAAUUCGGGGAGGUCAAACGCUGUAAAGAGAGGCGAACAGGGAGACAACUCGCGGCCAAGUUUAUAGAGGUCAACGGGCCCCAGGACCGGAUGGACAUCAUGAACGAGGUGGAGAUCAUGAAAAGUUUGCAGCACCCCCGACUGUUGCAGCUGUACGACGCCUUUGAGAACAAACAGAGCUUUUGUCUCGUCAUAGAACUGGUCAAUGGGGGUGAGCUGUUCGAGCGAGUAAUCAACGACGAUUUUAUACUCACGGAGCGCGCGUGCGUCAUGUUCAUGAGACAGAUCUGCGACGGGGUUUCCUUCAUGCAUUCUCAGAGCAUCCUUCAUCUGGACAUGAAGCCUGAAAAUAUACUCUGUCUGACACGAGAAGGGAACAGGAUAAAAAUAAUCGACUUCGGCCUGGCCCGGAAGUACAGUCCAAAAGACGAUCUUAGGGUACUGUUUGGGACCCCAGAGUUCGUGGCCCCAGAGGUCGUGAACUUUGACCCGAUCUGCCCAGCGACAGACAUGUGGAGUGUUGGCGUCAUCUGCUAUGUGUUAUUAUCUGGCCUUUCCCCGUUCAUGGGCGAGUCAGAAACAGAAACCUUAUCAAACGUCACCAUGGCGAGAUGGGACUUCAAUGCUGAAGAGUUUGAAAACAUUUCCAGUGAGGCAAAAGAUUUCAUUACCAAACUUCUUGUUAAAGAUCCGAGAAAACGCUUGAAGGCAUCAGAGUGUCUGGAUCAUCAGUGGUUGAGAAGAUCUGUGAAAAGAGAAGGUAAUCUACUGGAAAGAUCUUUGUCCAAGAAAAGGCUCAGAAAGUUUGUAUACAGACGAAAGUGGCAGAAAGCAAUAAAUGCUAUGCUGGCAUUGAGGAGAAUGGGUGUGUCACUGUCUUAAUCAAAAUGGACCAACCAUUCAAAUAUGUAUGGAUGUCAAAUAAGCGCCUUCUUAAGAAUAUUCCUGAACAUCACACCAUGUCACGUGACUGACAAUCACAUGACACCAUGUCAUGUGACUGAUAAUCACAUGACACAACAUACAUGUCCCACAUGAAAGCCUCUACUAUUGUCUAGACUGUUGGUACAACUCAUCCAGUCAGGUCAGAAUAUGACUUGUACGCACAAAGUUCCAAUUGAACCAGUUUGUCGAAAUGGGUUCCAUAAUAUUAUUUAAUAAUUUUGAUGUGAAAUUUGCAUGAAUUUUGUAUACCAACAGGUGAAUUUUAAAAGUUUUUCACUUUUUUUGUUAGCAUGCUCAUCAUGCUUUUUAUUUAAAUUUUUUUUUGAGUUGUGCCUUGAUUGAAGCAAUAAAAUUUUCAUUUAAAUUUGCAAAAGUUUGGAU